CCCCCCGCGAGGUCGACGCGGAUUUUUCUUCGUCUUUAUACCGCGGGCAGGCGGACUGGCGGAGGGAACCGAGUCGCCACCGGCGUCGCGAGGCCGAGGCGAGCUAAUCUGACGGCGGCAGCGACGACGACCCCAACGACCUCGCGCGCGGAGGCUGCACUGCUCCAGCCAAGGCACCAUGUCACUCAUUUCUCCAUUCCCGGCGGUGGAUAUAAGUAAAAUGGAUCCCCCGACUCUGACCCUCCUUGGGGCAGCUGGUUGUGUAAUGCUGACUUUGCAUUUCACUGUGCAAUUGGUGUCACAACAUCUCUUCUAUUGGAAAAAUCCCAAGGAGCAGAAAGCUAUACUUAUUAUUGUGCUAAUGGCUCCACUAUAUGCUAUCUCUUCCUUUGUGGGUCUUCUUGAUAUCCAGGGUAGCAAGACAUUUUUCACAUUCUUGGAUGCUGUUAAAGAAUGCUAUGAGGCACUGGUGAUUGCUAAGUUUAUGGCAUUGAUGUACAGCUACUUGAAUAUAUCCAUCAGCAAGAACAUAGUCCCUGAUGAAAUCAAAGGGAGGGAGCUUCAUCAUUCCUUCCCUGUUUCUCUUUUCCUGCCAAGCAAGGUCAGAUUGGAGCACAAGACAUUAAAGCUUCUGAAGUAUUGGACCUGGCAAUUUGUUAUUGUUAGGCCAGUAUGUUCCAUUCUGAUUAUUGCACUACAGCUUCUUGGGCUGUACCCCAGUUGGGUCAGCUGGACGUUUAGUAUUAUACUGAACUUUUCAGUCUCCAUGGCCUUAUAUGCCUUGGUUCUUUUCUACCACUUGUUUGCUAAAGAGCUGGCACCUCACAAGCCUCUUGCAAAGUUCUUGUGCAUCAAAGGGAUUGUCUUCUUCUCUUUCUGGCAGGGUUUUGCGCUCGAUAUUCUAACUGAAGCAGGUGUGAUCAAAUCCCACCAUUUCUGGCUGGACGUGGAGCACAUCCAGGAGGCGAUCCAGAACGUCCUGAUUAUCCUUGAGAUGGUCGUGUUCGCCGUCAUCCAGCAAUAUGCAUACCAUGUUGCCCCCUACAGCGGCGCUGACAGGGCAAAGUUCGAGAAGAAGAACGAAUGAACCAAGUUUCCAAAAGGAGUGAAAAAAAAAAACCUUGCUCUCCGCUUUGUGGUCUGAUGGAAAUGGAGCACCGGUAUUUCCCUUACGGAUGGUCAGACACGAGUUCAUCGAGUCUCGCGAGUACUGUAGUAUAUUUGGUAGCUAGGUAUCGUGCUGUAAAAGUACAAUGUGCUUGCACACUGAAUAAUUUUGCUAGUUUUGACGUUUUGAACGUUGUCGCUGGGGCUAUGUAGCCAUGGCUGUUCAUCUCGCUCUCUGGGGACUGGGGGGAAUCCUUUUAUGAAUAAAGCUACAGUCCUGUUCUACAGAGGCCGCACUGGACUGAUUCCAAUGAGGCUGACUGCAA